CCCCCACCUUUGUUUUCAGAAAUGCCCUCAACGUGGUCAAGAAUGACUUGAUUGCUCGAAUGGACGAGCUGUCCUGCGAGAAGGAGGUCCUCCAAGGGGAGCUUGAUGCCGUCACUCAGGCCAAGAUCAGACUAGAGGAGAAGAACAAAGAUUUAGAAGACGAACUGAAGAAAGUUCAAGCUGAACUUGGGAACAGCAAACACAAGUCUAAGACUGAGAAUGAGGAUGAUAGUGAUGUGCCCACAGCACAGCGGAAACGUUUCACCAGGGUGGAAAUGGCCAGAGUCCUGAUGGAGAGGAACCAGUAUAAGGAGAGGCUGAUGGAGCUGCAAGAGGCUGUCAGAUGGACAGAGAUGAUCCGGUAAGAUUAGAAUAACAUCAGACAAUAUUGUAAUAU